CCGGGAGGGGGAUUUUGAACCGCUGAACAGCUGAUGUCUGCUGUUCAUAGCGGUUCAUUACACUUACCCAGGACGGCUACAAAGUAGCCGCCAUCGCCGUGCAGAUCCACCGGAAGUCCAGACUCUUCAGUCAAUCUUAGCGAGCGUCAGAAAGGGAGAUUUCCUGAUGUCUAUAGAUCUGACGGAGGCCUACCUUCACAUCCCAAUCCUGCCGGAGCACUGAAGGUUUCUCAGGUUCUACCUAGCAAGGCAUUAUUAUCAAUACAGAGCUCUUCCCUUCGGCCUGUCCUUGGCCCCCAGAGUAUUCACAAAGGUUCUGGCGACCCUUGCUACACACCUGCAGACUAAUCCGGUGCGCAUCCAGUGCUACCUGGACGACAUUCUCAUUCAGUCCUCAUCAGUUCAGGCGGCAUAGGCAGACAUAGCACUGACCCUACAGGUUCUUCAGAACCAUGGGUUCUCAAUAAACUUUCAGAAGAGUCAAAACUGUCCCAUCGACCCGUCUUCUUCAUUUGGGAGUAGUAAUAAACACAUUAAGGUGCGAGGUCUACCUCUCUCGAGAACACAGGAACAGCAUUCAAGCCCUGGUCGGGCUAAUCCGAAGAAGGUGGACCACCACACUGGCCACGCUCUCCAGCUUACUAGGGAAGAUGAUAUCAUGCAUAGCGAUCAUGCUGUGGGCACGGCUACACUCCAUAGACUUGCAAUGGUUCCUACUCCCAUUCCAGAAAGAGGGAACCGGCACCUCCAACCAAAAAGUGGGUACCACCAGGAGUCAUAAAUUUGCUAAAGUGGUGGUUGUCUCCAGCCAUGACAAGGAGACACAUGUUCAAGGAGACCGUCCGAGUCACCCUGACCACAGUCGCCAGCCUAUUCAGUUGGGGAGCACAUCUUCAAUCCAAGGGCCAAUGAUCCAAGGGGGACCUGAAACACAACAUAAACUGGUUGGAGCUCAGAGCCGUACAUCUGGCUCUCCAUCAUUUCCACAGCGCAGUGACGGAUCAACACGUUCUAGUGCUUACGGACAACGUGGUGGCCAAAGCCCACAUCAACCGUCGGGGGCACGUGGUCGAGGGCCCUCAUGACUGAGACCAAAUUGCUGGGAACCUGGGCCGAGAACAACCUAGCCUCUCUCAGGGCAGAGCACAUAUCAGGAGAAGCAAAUCAACAAGUGGAUUCUCUGAGCAGGGCAACAAUAGACCACUCAGAGUGGAGCCUACACCCUACUCUCUUCAGGGAAGUAUCAGCCCGGUUUGGUCAUCCAGUACUGGACCUGUUUUCAAGCCCCAAGAAUGCUCAGCUCCCAAGAUUCUUCUCCCGCUUCCCGCUUCCCGUCUCCAGGAGCGGAGAGAGCAGAUGCCCUCCAGGUACAUUGGCCGGAGGGGUUACUAUAUGCCUUCCCUCCGCUUCCUCUGAUUCAGGCAACCAUCAGGAAGAUAUUGCAGGAACAAGCAGAAGUGAUACUCAUUGCACCGCACUGGCCAAGACGACUGUGGUUUGCCGACCUCGUAAGUCUCUCCAUGGAGGAUUCCGCACGAUCAAAUCUCCCUCAGUCAGGGGGCGCUACUCCACCCAGAACCACAGUGGCUCCAAUUAACCGCCUGGCACUUGAGCGGAGCCUCCUAGAAAGGGAAAGCUUUUUGCAGAGAGUCAUUAGGACACUUCUGGCCUCAAGAAGGUCCUCAACCAACAGAAUUUACGACUCCACUUGGAGAAAUUAUUACAGCUGGUGCACAAGGCAUCAGCUAGACCCUCUUAGUAUUUCUAUCCUGAGGAUCUUAGACUACCUAGCAGAGGGUCUGGACAAGGGCUUGGCACCAAACACAAUUCAUAGGCAGGUGGCCGCCCUAUUCUAUAUCCUUACAUAUGGCAACUCUGAACCACUAGCCAAACACCCGGCAGUGCGGGUUUUCAUUAAGGGCGCAACAAACAGCAGACCACCCGUGGUACACAGAUAUCCCUCCUAGGAUCUGUCCAAGGUCCUGCAAGCCAUUACCUCACCUCCAUUUGAACCUGUCAGGACAUGCACAUUACAAUUUUUGACCCUUAAAGUCGCAUUCCUGAUCGCAGUCACUUCAGCUAGGCGCAUUUCAGAGUUGACAGCACUAUCAGAGAGCAUCUCUGUACCUUCCACAUAGACAGGGUGGUCCUAUGAUUAGACCCCUCCUUCAUUCCCAAGAUUAACUCCCUGUUUCACAGAACACAGGAGGUGGUGCUACCAGAUUUUUGCCCUCAGCCCUCCCAUGAAUUGGAGCGCAAAUGGCACACCUUAGACGUUCGGAGGGCCUUAAGGCAAUACAUUAAGCAAACAGCACCCUUCCGCAAGUCAGAGGCCCUGUUCGUUUCCUUCCAUUCACACACAAGGGGCCAAAAGGUCACAGCUUCCACAAUCGGUAGAUGGAUCAGGAAGUGCAUAGCAGUGGCAUACCAGGGACAUCACUAGUAGUCCCCAGACAAAUCACCGCACACUCCACUCGCAGCGCUGCCACCUCAGCAGCUUGGGCGACUCAGGCACUGAUUGAGAAAAUAUGUAGGGCGGCGACGUGGGUGUCGUCUUCCCCCUUCAUAAGACACUACAAGUUAGAUAGGUUCACAUCUGCGGAGGCCUCAUUUGGCAGGAGGGUCCUCCAGUGCUUAGUACCAGAAAGUGGGACACAGGCCCAGACUGCUCCCCACCCACAGGGACAGUGAGGCUUUGGUACGUCCCAUUGGUGGAUUCUCCACUCGUCAUGCUGGAGAAGGGGUGUUGUCUUACCUGAACGCCUUUUCUCAGCAUGAUGAUGGAGAAUCCACUCCCACCCUUAGGGCCAGUCAGGUCCAGUGCAGGGAAGAGGAUUGAGCCAACAAACAAAAUCUUAGUCAGCAACUUCGCCUCAGUCGAGAACUGGGGAAUGGAGGUCCCAGGAAGAGGCGGAGCAAAAUUGGCUGACUUAGUCUACGGGCAGAAGACAAGCAUAACCCAUUGGUGGAUUCUCCAUCGUCAUGCUGAGAAAAGGCGUUCAGAUUCUUUUGUCUCAAACUAUGCCAGAGAUGACAGAGAAAGCUCCUCUUAAGAAGCAGCACCGGAAGAAAAACCGUGAAACUCAUAAUGCAGUGGAGAGGCAUCGAAAGAAGAAAAUCAAUGCUGGUAUAAACCGAAUUGGUGAGCUAAUUCCAUGUUCCCCUGCACUGAAACAGAGUAAGAACAUGAUUCUUGAUCAAGCAUACAAAUAUAUAUCAGAAAUGAAAAAGCAAAAUGAUGAACUCCUAUUGAAUGGAGGAAACAAUGAACAAGCUGAAGAAAUAAAAAAACUCCGGAAGCAAUUGGAUGAACUCCAGAAAGAAAAUGGACGCUACAUAGCAUUAUUGAAAGCCAAUGACAUUUGCCUUUAUGAUGAUCCUACCAUCCAUUGGAAAGGGAAUCUUAAAAAUUCAAAUGUUUCUAUUGUAAUUCCGAAUGAUCAGAUGCAAAAGAAGAAAGAAAAUCUGAAAAAUACAAAUAUUUCUGUUGUUAUCCCCAAUGAUCAACUGCAAAAGAAUAUCAUUGUAUAUUCCAAUGGCAGCCAGUUUGGUGGAAGUAACCAGGGGGCAUCUGUCCAAGGAAUAACUUUCAAUAUAGGACAUAAUUUACAGAAACAGACAGCUAAUGUUGUUCCUGUCCAGAGGACUUGCAACACUCCUGCAACCAUUUCUAGUAUUUAUUCAACAGCAAUCAAAUCAGGUAUUCAGACUUCAGUUUCAUCAUUAGUAUCAGGCCUACCAAAUGCAGACAAAAAAACUCUUGAGCAAUCUACCUCUGAGAACAAGCAGGGCACGUCUGUCUGUACGAGUGCUGCCAGUUCUGUGAAUACCUCACAGCUAGUAAGACUGCAGAGUGGAAAACAGAUUUUAUCACAAGAUGAGAAUGACACCUCCAAAUCUAAAAAUAAUCAAGGGAGUUUGAAGCUGAUUGAGAAAGCAAGUGUACUAAGCACCAACCUUUCUUCCAAUGUUAGUGUAGAUGUGCUUCAUUGUCAACAAGCAAAUAUACCACCAGAAGUGAGUUCAAAACGUAGGUCUCUAGGAAGCUGUGUAUCUUCUGCAGCUGACCCAACCUGUGCUGCAUCUAUUGGUGGAAAGGCAUCCACAGAAAAGGUCUUCAAAACCCUAGUUGGUGGAGCUCCAGAAGGAGAAGCCCCAAAGGCUGUGACAGAAUUGAAUAUAGUGCCUGCUACUAGUGUAGAGAAAUGGCCUUUUCCCAGUUCUUCAGGUGUUGGCAUUCCAGAGUCAAAAAGCAUUGGUAAUCUUAUGAGAAUCACUUCAGCUGGAAACACCCAAACCACGUGGACUACAUUGCAGCUAGCAGGAAGUACUGUCCAGCCUCUAAAUCAUACUCCAUCCAAUAUAAUGACAGCCCUUCUAAAUGAGCCAAUUAAUGGUGCUAGUAUUCUAGCUUCUACUCCAAACAAGAUUCUGGCCAGUGCUGAUGGUUUAAAUAACCCUCUAAUUCCAGAUGAACACCCAGCUGACCAAUUGGUUGUUACCUUGCCUUCCUAUCCAUCUUUACCUAUUCAGCCACUAAUUAGUAAGACACAAACUAGAGCGCAAAUUACAAGCAGCCUGCUUCCCCUAAAUCCAGCCAUGCAAGUGAUUCAAGUAUCUCAGCCAAUGACCUCUCCUAUCAAUACAUCACCUAUUAAUCAGAACAUUGUAAUUCUCCAGCCUCCUAAUGCUAAUUCCUGUCCUCCAGUGCUGAGAUCUGAACUUCCAAAUCAGACCGUUAGUCAACAGAUUGUAAUAAUACAAACUGCUAAUCCAAAUCCUCUCUCUUUUCUCUCAACACCAUCAGUUGUUAAAAUGCCUGUGAAUGGAACAAAUGCUGGCAAUCUUAUACAAAGUGCCUCUGGCCCUCAUAUGUUUGGUGGGAAACAUCUUGUUCAUAUUUUACCAAGGCCCUCCUCUUCAACAUCAUCUUGCCUGACACAAACAUUUUCCGUUUCAAUGUGUAAUCAAAAGCUUCCACAGACCAUUUCUUUAAAUGGACAGUUGUUUGCAUUAAAGCCUAUGAAAUCCUGUUCUGGAGAUUCAGAUCAAAACCCUAUGCAAAUUAUUCAGCCUACUACCAGUGAAGAUCCAAAUACCAACAUUGCCCUCAAUGCAUUUGGUGCUUUAGCUAACCUCAAUCAAAGCAUAUCACAAAUGGCUGGCCAAAGCUGUCAACAAGUGUCUGGCAAUCAAUCUAUCAACCCCAAAACUGUGAGUAGCCAAACCACACCAACAACUCCUGCUUUGCUAACAGUGACAAUACCUUCCUCUUCAGCUGCUGAGAAUUCUAGAUUAACCUGUACUUCAACGUCACUAGAUAUUUCUCCCCCCAAAGUUGCUGGUUUGGAUUCAAAGUGGUCUAAUAAAAAUUCAGGUACUAAGAAAACUUCAGUAGCCAGCAAUAACCUUGCAUGUCAAGUAGAUCUUAACAAAGAAUGCAAAAAAAAUGAUAGAAAUGUGGUAACUGCAUCUGAACAUUCAGGAAGUGACAUAUUGCUUGAAAAUAUGCCUGUUGUUUUGCAGUGCUUAGCUGUACCACAGGCAAACUGUAGAAUAACACCAAAUGCUUCUGAUUCUCAUCCCAAAGAUAGACUGAGAACUGAACAGAACAUGGAAUCUACCCUGACACCUGACUUGAAUACAGCUGGAGUGCCUAGAUCAUUGUCCCUUGAAUCAUCCUUAUUGGGUCAAUUUGAGGUAGUUCCUGGGAUUUCCAAAGUCCGUGCUUCUCCACCUCUUCAAAUAUGUCAAUCUCAAGCCAACUUAACAGCAAAUUCUAAGUUAUCAGAAUUGUCCAAAUGUAUAUCCACCAGUCCUUUACUGCCCUCUUCUUCGGAUUCUCCCGUGACAAUUUCUCAAAUUUCUGAGACGUCGGUGUCAAAUAGAGAAACAAAUGUGGAAAAUGUUCCCAGAACAGAGGUCUCAGAGAUCUGCAGGAUGGAACAAAAUUGUUCCAUAGUAAUGCAAGCCUCAGAUUUAUUGGAAGAACAGGGCCUAACCAAAAUGUUCUCAGAGUUUAAUAAAGUAGGAGAUGUACAAAAAUCCUUUUCAGUCCAAGUAGAGCACCCCAGUUUUUGUAUCCAAAGCACGAAAUCAAAUAUUAGCUCAAAUGAUAAUUUGGGAAGGAAACAAGAAGAACUUUUGCUGAUAAACGCUGAAGAAGAAAAUCUCACACCGUCUAAUUCUUGCACCUCCGACCAGGAAGCAAUCACUGCUAAUAGGCAAGUAGACUCCCCCAUGUCAACUAGUUCAGCUAGCAGUUGUGGCUUUUCUGUUGCAUCCAUGUUGCCAGAUACAUGUAGGGGAAAUGUUUCUAGCAACACUUUGGUGAACACACAUAGUACCUGCACAUUUUCAGAGCAAACAGAUAUUGUAGCACUGGCUGCAAGGGCAAUUUUUGACCAAGAGACUCUUGCAAAAAAUACAGGAACAGUGUCAGGAAGCUCUGUUUCCAAGGGUAGUAAAGUAGCAUCUUUAGGAAGAGACCAACCAUUCAAAGCCCAUCCAAUUAAAAACACUAAUCAAAUGGAAACAGGGCCAAACAAUUUCAGUACCCAGAAUUCAGUGCAAAUAAACAUUGAGUUGUCUACAGAGAAAAGUUAUUCUAUUGGUCUGGAAAUGUCUGAUACAGCUUUGCAGAUUCCUAGUCCACAAUCCUCAAGCGCCUCAAGCUUGAGUGUAAAUAAUCUCAUACAUCCAACUUGCAUCAUACAACCUCCAGUAAGCUGCUCAGGUGUACCAUCAUCUUCUGAUCAAACAGCUGUUUCUGUAUCUGGGACUCCAUCUGUGCCUGCUAAUUCAUAUAUGACUCAGUCUCCAGGACAUUCUCCAAGGUUGUUGGCAGAGUAUCCUUCAGAACAGUUAUCUGCUCUUCAGACUAGCACGAUGCAAGGUCCACAGAUAUGUGAACCACAUUUAAAGCAGCAAAGACAAGAAAGCCGCAAAGAGUCAACCAAGCGUUCUGUUCAAGAUGAUCAUAUGCUUUCUGCAUCAAAGAGGCAGAAACAUUGCCAGACAGCACCUCUACAACUCGAAGACAUGGCUCUGUUGAAUCAAACAGCUGAUGAGGAUCAAAAUCAAAUCCGUGUGAAUCAGAUCCCCCCCAACUCUAAUCUUGCAGUAUCAGUGAGUAGUCAAGGACAUACCAAUGGCCAUAACAGGUUAUUUCAAGCCAGCAAUUUUGUGUCACCUACUUCAAGGCAAGUUGAAGUUCAGUGUAAUUCUCAUCCACCGAUCUUAGAUCAAGCAGGACAACAUCUGCAGCCUAUCCAACAUGCUCUGUCUCAAGGUAUGGCUCAUCUUCAGGCUAAUCAACCAUACAUAAAACCACAGCAACAGCAGGCUGGACAGCUAAGAGAAAGGCAUCAGUUGUAUCAACUUCAGCAUUAUAUUUCUCCUGCAGAAAGUUCUAUACACUCUCAAGUCCAUAUUGCCCAUCGGCAACGAAUAUUGCAUCAAGAGGCACAGCUGCAGAAAAAGAGAAGCCUCAUUCAAGCCACUCAGCCCACCACACUUACUUUACAGCAGAAGCAUCAUGGAAAUGACCAGUCACGGUCAAAGAGUAGCCAGCCACAUCCCCAUCACUCUCAGAUUCAACAGUUGCAGCAGCAUUACCCUUCUUCCCAGCCUGAGAAGAAUUGUGAGAAUCCUGCUUUGAGUAGAACUCAUAACCAUCCACGGACCCAUCCAGGUCAGGAUGUUCUGCAUCAGCAGUCAGCAGAUGUGGGCAGCAGACAACCUGGUUCUGGAGUUCCUUCUGAACAUGUCUCAGGACAUAGUCAGAUGCAUAGACUGUUGACCUCUAGGGCUUUGGAGCAGCAGAUAGUGUCACAACCUAGUAUUGUCACCAGACCAGAUGUUCCCUGUCUCCCUCAUAGGCAAGAAAGAAACAGAGUUAGUAGUUACUCUGCAGAGGCACUUAUUGGGAAGUCUUCAUCUAAUUCAGAACAUAGGCUAGGAGUAUCCAUGCAGAGCUUCAAAGUUUCAGAUCAUCUUGAGAUGAGAAACUAUGCCGAUGUAUCUAGGAAUAAAGAACUAGUAAUUCAUAAUACACAGAGUCGUGUAUCUGUAGAUCAUUCACUUGGAUCAGAUAUUCAAAGGCUCUCUGAGUGUCAGACAUUCAAAAUGAAUGCCAUUAAUCAACAGACUACAGGUAAUUUUGAUGUGCAAUCUUCAAGAAGUAAUGAAAUAAGUAACUCUCUCAGGGGUAUGCAGACACAGAGUUUUCGACUUGCCCAAAAUGCUGGACCACCAAUAGACAGACAAAAGAGGUUGUCUUAUCAACCAGUUCAAAGCCUUUCAGCAGGAAAUCCUCUCCCUCCCCGAAGAGACAAUGAGAAUACAUGCCACCAAGGAUUCAUGCAAAGUUUACUUAUUCCUCAUCUUGGAGAUCAAGCUAAUGGAAACCAAAGACCAAUUUCAGAUCAUCAGAGAAAUCCACAGUGUGCCAGUUCCUCAAAUGUGGACUAUAAUUGUGCCCCAGCAAGAGAAAUUAUUCAUAUUCGGAGGGAAGGUGAUGACCAGAACAGAGAAAGUUGUGAUAUGUCUCUUGGUACUAUUAAUGGUAGGAACAAUGCUUUAACUAUUCCCUUCUCAAGUUCUUCUGGAGAUAUUCAAGGCCGUAACUCAAGUCCCAAUAUUUCUAUCCAGAAAUCUAAUUCCAUGAGAAUAACAGAGAGCCAUGGAACAAAAGGUCACAUAAAUGCCUCAGCUUCUAGCAAUGUACAUGGAGCUACACGUCCUCUUCACUAUGCAUCAGUCUCUCGUGGGAAUGCUGACCAGGUUCCUCCAUCUGUUCGUCAAACCAAUUCUUCAGCCAGUGAUCGAUCGAGACAUCCUUUGCAAGAUAACGGUGGCUCUAAAAUUCGCCCGUCUGAAAGGAAUCGUUCUGCAAAUCAGAGACAUGGGAACGUGUUUGAACCUUCUCUUCCUCAGCUCCCUUUAUCCGCUGGUGGAGGAAUGAUCCUUGGUCGACAGCAGCCUACCCUUGAAAAAAGGGGCAGCAUUGUACGAUUCAUGCCUGAAGGGCCACAUGUGUCUCAUGACAGCACAGCUGCUGAUCAGCACACUUUGUCUCAAAAUUUUGGAUUUCCUUUUAUUCCAGAAAGUGGAAUGAAUCCCCCAGUAAAUGCUAACACAUCAUUUAUUCCACCAGUAACUCAAGCCAACGCUACCCGAACAGCAGCACUGAUUCCAGUUGAUCCUCAAAAUACAUUGCCAUCUUUCUAUCCACCAUAUUCUCCUGCACAUCCCUCCCUGUCUAAUGACAUUUCAAUUCCUUAUUUUUCUAACCAAAUGUUUUCUAAUCCAAGUACAGAGAAGCCAAAUGGUGGAGGUUUAAACAAUCGAUUUGGUUCUAUUUUGUCACCCCCCAGACCAGUUGGUUUUGCUCAGCCAAGCUUUCCCCUUUUGACAGAUAUGCCUCCAAUGCAUGUGGCCAAUUCAUCACACUUGUCCAAUUUUAAUUUGACUUCUUUAUUCCCAGAAAUAGCUACAGCUCUUCCUUCAGAUGGAUCAGCAAUCUCGCCACUGCUCUCCAUAGCAAAUACAACUGGUUCUGAUUCUUUGAAACAAUCAUCAAACCGGCCUGCCCAUAAUAUAAGCCAUAUUCUAGGUCAUGACUGCAAUUCAGCUGUGUGAAAAGAAUGGGAAGGGAAUGAAUUUUUUUGAAUGCCCAUUUUUAUAUAUGUAAUGCAUAUAUACUUGUAUAAAUGUGGAUUUAUCAUUUGUAAAAAUACCAUUUAUAACAAUCACUCUGAAUGGUUUUAAUUGCAGGUUAUUCUUGGGCCUAUACAUAAACACUCAGAUUGCUAAUUUAUGCAUCUCUAAGUGCAAACUAGUUGUUAAAAGUUUAACCUCUUUCAGCAGCUUAUGAUAAUGUGACACUCUUUACCCUUCUGUCGUUACCAUGUCUAUGAAAAAUGGGACUAGGGAAACAAACUGAAGAAUUGCAUUUAGAAUCCUUGGAAAGUAACAUUUUGCACAAGAUAUAUGGAGAAAAUUUAAAUUGCUUUUAAAAAUUGGUAUAAACAUCUCUAUGCUAUAAAUUCUUCAGUUUCAACUUAAUGCCAUGCUUAGUUUCUGAUGACCUCUAUGAAAUUGUAUGGAAACAUUGCUUCAUUUUCAAGAUUUCUAGUUAGCAGGAAUAGUAGUAGUAAUAUAGUAAUUUCUUCCCACUCAGUAUAGAUUUCAUUCUUUUUACCACUGAUUAAUAUACUGUGUGCUUUCUCAGGUAUUGGUUUUUCGUUGUUUAAAACCCUCUUAGGAAAUUUUCUCCCCCCUCCUCCCCCUUUUUUAACAUUUAUUAUUUCAAAUUUCCUCUAGUAAUAAGAAACUAGUAAUGUUGAUAUAUGAGGCUAUAAAAAUGAACAGGUGUUAUAGUAGUCUGUAGGCAAAUUGAUUACAUACAUAGACAUACUUUUAUCAAGUCAGAGGAAUUAUGAUGAGAGGAAAAAAAGAAGCACAUGGUGUUUAGUGGAAUGGUAGUCUUGAUAGUAUAAGAUGAGAAUGGAAAUAGUCACGCACACCCCAUAGUUGAUUUAGCAUUCCAAAACACUUGAGUCAGGGAACGAGGGAAUAUUUCUGUCAAGAUCAAAACAUACAUUUUAGUACACCACUUUGAUUUCUUUAAAACACUAUUAUUAUUUCUAUUUGUCUCUCCACACAGCUGAUGACAAAAAUAUAGCAUCUACACGUCAUUGUCUAACCUAUUAUUCUGAUAAGCUGCUAAUUCUUUGUUUCUGUUUCUUUUUAUAAGGUCCUGCAAAGCAAGAGUUUCAAUCAUCUCCUUUGUGAGAUAACAUACAACUUGAUUCUAAAAUGGGGAUCUUAGUAUUUCUUAGACUUUAGCAAAGCACUAAGCUGAAGUAACUGAAAAUCUACAGCUCUGUUUUAGGAUUAAGCUCUGUCUUAAUGUCUUCAGCGUAUUAAGAGUGUUCCAGGACAUGCUAACUCUUGUGAGGGAAAAAGCCGAGAGAAUUCUGAAUUGAUUAAAAAAACAAUAAAUACAAUACAGUAGGGUGAAUAUUCAUAAACUCAGCUUUCUGGCCAUCUAAUAGUUGUAUCUUACAAUCUUACUAUAUUAUUUGGAAUGUGAAACCACAUGGAGAUGACUUUUCUAGAGCAGCUCAAUUUGAGGCCAUUUGUUUUUGAUGGCAGGAAGAAAGUCUUCCUACUAUGAGUGGCCAGAAAUAUUUGCUCUUAAAUGUAUUCCCCUGUAUUUCCAGGGUUUACUGGAUUAGAGUUUUUGCAGAACAUGCUAACAGAUCAAAGAGUUCAUACAAAAAGGGCCAGAUAGUUUAUUGUUUUACUUUCUUUUCCUCCCUUUUAUUAGAUGGCUAUGCAGCUGUUUACAGAAAAUAAUUUCCUAUAAUCAUAUUCCAAGGACUGAAAAAAAACAACAGGUACUCUUCUUAACCAAUUUAAAUGCAUAACAAGUGAAUGAAACAGUCGGAAGUGAAUUGGACAAAAAUAUAUUGACCAGCAGAGGAAAUCAGUUUCUUGAAGAAUUUUUCUAUGCAAUAAUGAGUGCUUUUAUGAUUUCUGAGUACAGUAUUAAAAGUUUUUUCUGAAAAUGUAUUGGAAGAGUCUGAUGCACAGAUGAAAAGAAAAUGCAAGUAAAUGGCAGGGUAUUUAAUUAAAUAGGAGAACCCGUAUUCCCUUUCAUUGAGUCAGUUGUACAACAAAGGAACCCUUGAUUGAAGGAUAUGAUAUUCUGCAUAUUGGUUUGUGUAAAUUUUUUAUGACAAAAAAAGUAUUCAGACUUUCACUAUGUAUUCAUAUAAACCAAUAGCUACUUUCUGAGCAUUUAUCAGUAUUUCUUGUUAGAAAUUUUGGUAGAUGUCAGUAUAGACUAUUUCUACUAUUUUUCAAGUGUAUUUUCAUGGGGAAAUAUAUUUUCAAUAUAUCGCUUGCAGUGGUAAAAGUGCUAUUGUAAAUAAAUUACCUUAGUUUUGAUUAUUAACAUAUUGUGCUUAGCAAAAGAGCAUCAGCUGCCUAAUGAGAGUCCAUGCACUCUGCAAAUCCUAUUUUUUUUUUCUUAUUUCAGGUAAGAGUGCCCUUUAGUUAAAAAAAAGGGGAAUGAAGAAUCUUAAACUAUUUCAGGAUUCUAACUUUAAUACAAAUUUCCCAUUGUAUGAUCUCAUAAAUUCUGUGAUCUUUAUCGCAUUGUCUUAUUGACACUGAUGUGAUUUGAAGCUUCUCAUAUGCUAGAGAAGCACAUAAAGCAUAGGAUGCCAAUUUUUAGAUGCAUGAGGAAUUGAUCUUUUCUUAUUGCUAAGAUGUUAUAGGGCGCAAUAGUGGCUGAACCAGUUGAAAACAUGGAAGGUAUAGAUCACGUGGGAUGUAUUGUAUAUAAUACCUUAGGGUUUCUGUUGAGUAUAGGAAGUCAAACCUUUCUCUUUUAAUGGGAACAGAUAAAGAAAACUUGCUGUCACACACCACAGUAGCCUACAGGUGUAUAUCCUACCGUCAUACCUUUCUUCUUUUGCUGCUGUCCCUUGUGGCAGUUUCCUUGUGCACCUAGAAGAAUUAUCUAAACUCCCUCUUGUUUUAAAAUUAAGAACUGUAUGAUGAUUGUGCUACAUUUUUCAGCAAAUUAAGAAUGUAUGUUGUUGUGCAUUCUAUAGUAUUCUAUCCACUACUUAAGGUUCCCCAGAAAUUUUCAAGAUCUUGAAGAUAAACUUGUUAGGAAAGUUUAUUAUUGUAAAUAAGGUGUUUUUUUUAUUUUGACAUCUUUUUACAAGUUGAAUGCAUUUGUAUGUAAAUACCUGCAACAUUGAUUUUUUAAAAAAUUCUCAGAUUUUUAUUAAAUGUAAAAUUAUAUUGAUUGUAAACAUUGUAUAGAUAUAAACAAAAUAGUAUUUUAUUUUUAAACAUGUACAGUUUGUGCACUAUCAUUUUGUGUUCUGCUUGUGUUUUAUAAUUCUUCCCCUGCAGGAAAAACAAAAAGCAAAACAAAUUAUCUUACAUUUAAAUACCCAAAUUUAAGACUGUAAUUUUUAAGAAGGUAAACAACUAAAAUGUCCAGCAAUUCUGUCUGUGGUUUCCCACUAAUUUGUUCCAAUUUCAUUGUCCACCUGCUCAGCCAUAGUGAGAAACUCAAAAUAGCCAAGCUGAUUCUUGGACACAAGAUAAAAUGUUGUAAAUAGUGGGUCAGAGCAUCGCUUUGAUUGCUAUGCAAAGACAGUAGUUUGCUGGUAGUUUUCAGAUCUAUUGAUCAGCAAGUUGUUUAGGGAUAGGAAAAUGCAUUUGGGGCUGCUACGUUUCUAGAAAAUGUGACUUGGAGUACAGUGUAUUUGUGUUGUGUAAUGCUUUGGCUUGAUUCCAAAAAGAGACCUAGAACAGUGUUUUUCAAAUAUGGCAACUUUAAGAUCCUAACUGGGAAUUCUGGGAGUUGAAGUUUAGACAUUUUAAAGUUGUCAGGUUUGAAAAACACUGACCAAAAACAUGCUUUAGAAGAGAGAUGGUUCCUUUGCUGAAGUGCUAUAUUAGCAUUCUCGCAUCCUUUUGGAAUCAGAUGCAAAGCACCACCCAGACCUCUGGAUG